AAUAUACAAUCAUCUAAUUGUCAUAAAUAUCAGCAAUUUGAGUGCUUGGAUAAAAGAGACCAUGCAGUGCUAUUGGACACCAGUAGAUGGAUAGAGCACCGUGCUGGACGAAAGAAGGAACAAAUCGAGAUGAUAAAGAUAUUAGCAUUGGCAGGAGUGUUGUCCUUGGUUGCAAUGGUAACAGAAGGUUGCACAUGUUUUGGACCCCUUCAUCCGCAGGACGCCAUCUGUAAUGCACCUUUGAUGGUGAGAGCAACAGUUGGAGAUUCAAAGGCAUUCUCUUACAAUAAAGACAGAGUCCUCGUUGAGGCAGGGAAGAAGAGCCACCACUCUGAUAAAUACAGAUAUGAGUUAAAGAUAAAUGAAAUAUAUGCGUCUGAUGGAACAAUCAACGCCGAUACGGAACCUUUCUAUCUGUACUCUAAUGCUUAUUCAGGAAUGUGCGGGAUAUCCUUGAACAAGAGUCAGGAGUAUGUCAUUUCAAUGUAUUCAUCUUAUGACACAAAGUUACCAUCGGCAGAUAUUUGUGGAUCCUACGUGGAAAAAUGGGUCAAAAUAGCAGAAGAAACACGAAAAAACUUUAAUAAUCAAGUUUACGUAGAUGCUUGCAAGGAGUGCAAGGUGAAAAUCAAUCCCUUUGGUCAUGAUGCCCAAAAUGACACCUGUUUGUAUAAUCCGUACUUAUGGAAUGAUGCAUCCUGUCUGACAGAUGGACGAUGCCUACGACAGGAGACAGGCGAAUGUGACUGGAACUUGAAAGAGUGCCAAGGAGAGAUGGAUUGGGGUCAACGUGGCUACGUCUCUUCAGAUGAGGUCGAGGCCUAUUCUGCUGAAAGCGUUGAUGACGAUAACGAUGAUAAUGAUGAUGAUGAUGAUGAUGAUGAUGAUGAAACUGAGGAGGAAGAUGCUGAUGAUCUUCCUGAUGUGUUUGGAGAUGAACCGGACACAGGGCUUUCUGAUGAAAUUGAUAUAGAUCCAUAGACAAUAUACUGAUGUGAAUCCUUAGUUGGGCCUACUCGGUUGGUACAGAGGCACAACUUAAUCAACUGUUGGAGAAAAAUUAUAUAUUGUUAACUCUGAAGUCCAGUGCACACCGGUAUAUUAAACAAAUUGAAAGUGACAAGGUCUGCUCAACUGAGUCAGCACUGAGUGCAGUUGGUGCAAUUCAUCACGAACGGCAGAAUUCAAACUAACAAAAUGUGAGAAAUACCGUAUCACUGCAUCCAAAUCGCAAACUACAGGGCCAUAUUUUAGGGGAGGGGGUGGGGGUGGGUGGGUUUGGCAGUACAUGCCCACUAACAUCUUUUACAUGCAGAUGCGGGACGAAAAGUGGUGUCCCCCCCCUGAGAGCCUACUGCCUCCCAUUAUUAUGGCCCUGCAAUAUAUUUUGACAGCGCAACUUCUAUUGUAAAAUGUAUAUCUUUGUUACCUGUUGCUUUGAACUCAUUGCAGACAUCUUGGUCAACUAAACAAAACCAGGACAAAAAGAAAACUGAUUUUGUAGAUUGCAAAUAGUAUACAGUGAAUAUAACAACAUACAAUUGGAA